UAUACGUGUUACGCCAUGCAACUAAAAGUGCACCCUCACCCCAAACAAGUUCAAGAAAACCUUAUACUACAACACAUGAUGAAAACAUUAGUGUUACUUCUUCUUUUCUCCACAAUCUCACUUUCUUUCGGUCAAGGAUCACCCGAUCCAGUUCGCGACAUCGACGGAAACCUUCUUCGUACCGGAACCGAAUACUACAUCUUACCUGUAUUCCGAGGGAUGGGUGGUGGCUUAACACUAGCCCCCACACGAAACGAGUCAUGCCCACUAGACGUAGUCCAAGAAAACCAAGAGGUUGACUCUGGCUUGCCAUUGACAUUCACUCCGGUGGACCCUAAAAAGGGAGUCAUUCGUGAAUCCACAGAUCUUAACAUUAUAUUCUCGGCUUCGUCAAUCUGUCUUCAGUCGAAUGUUUGGAUGAUCGAAGAGUACGAGGGACAACUGAUUGUUUCGGCUCAUGGAGUGUCCGGAAACCCUGGUCAAGAAACACUAAGCAACUGGUUCAAGAUAGAGAAGUAUGAAGAUGAUUACAAGCUUGUUUUCUGUCCUACCGUGUGCGAUUUUUGCAGGCCGGUUUGUGGAGAUAUCGGGGUUACGAUUACUGAAAAUGGAAUAAGACGUUUGGUUAUAAGUGAUGUGCCCUUUAAGGUUAUGUUCAGGAAGGCAUGAUCAUGAAGUUAAAUAAUACGGUCACAUUGAAAGGUUUUAAUUAUUUUAUCAACUUGUUUUUUAAUCUUAUGUAAGAAUAAAUCCCUAUAGGACUAUAGUCUUGUAAGUUGCAGUUUUAAUUAAAUAAAUAAAUAAAGACUUGUUACUAUAUAAAAUUUUCAUUGUCAUA